ACAAUCCAUGCAUAGAAGUGGGACAUUAGUUUCCCAAAACAUAUUGUUUUGCAUCAAAGGACGAUACACAGAUCAUGCGUGAGACGGUACUGCAUUGUUCUACAAACUCGUUUUUACUGUGAUACUGUCACGGGAGAUACAGACAAGGGAUGAAUUCUCUCCUACCCCGUGGAUGCGCCCUAAUCGUGUCCAAUGGAUCUCCCCAGCAUCGGCAAUACGACCACAGACAGUAUGUCUGGAUCGGGCUUCAUUUUGGAGAUAGUCACCAUCAAACCUGUUCUAAACAGUCUGACCACUCAGGCCAGCGCUGGAAGCAACCACACAGCUGGGGGCGAGAUGCACCGCAACACCCCGGUGAGGAGUUUCGAGGGGAACUCGGUUCUCCAGGGGAUCGCGGUGGCCGCGCAAGCACUGCUGCUCUUGGCCAUAUUCUUGCUGUCCAGUCUGGGUAAUUCAGCCGUUGUUGUGGUCAUAAUCAAACACAGACAGCUGAGAACAGUGACCAAUGCAUUCAUUAUGUCCCUCUCCCUUUCUGACUUCCUGACGGCCAUUCUUUGUUUACCCUUCUCCUUCAUGAUGCUCUUCAGCAAGAAUGGCAGGUGGAUGUUUGGGGAGCGCUUCUGCAUCGCCAACGGCUUUUUCAACACCUGCUUCGGCAUCAUCUCCACCCUGACCAUGACUCUCAUCUCAUUUGAUCGAUAUUAUGCCAUUGUCAGACAGCCACAGGCCAAAAUCGGUAGGAGGAGAGCGAUUCAGCUCCUGGUGGCCGUUUGGUUAUCUGCUAUGGUCUUCUCCUUCCCGUGGUACCUGCUUGUGCAGACCUCAGGGCGCAUGGUGGUGCACAAACAGGGCUUUUAUCAUUGCAUGUACGUGUUCCAUUCGGGCACCUCCAGGAUGGGCACUGCCUACAGCGUAGCUUUAAUAGUGGUGUGUUACCUCCUCCCAUUCGCCCUUAUGUGCUUCUGUCACUACAACAUCUGUAAAACUGUCCGGCUGUCGGAGAUCAGGGUGCGGCCGGUGACCACUUACGCGCACCUGUUGCGCUUCUACAGCGAGAUGCGCACCGCAACCACUGUGCUCAUCAUGAUCGUGUUCAGCAUCUUCUGCUGGGGGCCCUACUGUCUAAUGGGCAUCAUCACAGCCCUGGGGAACUACUCUUUUAAUCCUGCUAUGGACACUGUGGCUAUUUGGAUGGCAUGGGCCAAUGGUGCCAUUAAUCCUUUGAUUUACGCCAUUAGGAACCCGAAUAUUUCCAUGCUGUUGGGCCGGAGCAGGGAGGAGGGCUAUAGGACUAGAAACAUCGCUGCGUACCUGUCCACGCAGACGCAGCGCAGGGACGCAGUCCGGACGCGGGCGGACCGAAUACGGGAUCGGUACGUGAGCCGGCACGGCGCGAACAGCCGUCUGUCUUCCUCCAGCCCGGCCAACGGGGGUGAAGUGGCUAUGUGGGCCUGUAAGAACCCGGCAGUGUUUUUCUGUAGAGAUGCCCAUCCUGAUACAAUCACUGAACCCGCGGUGCCCAAGGUGGAGACGGCUGACACCAGUUUGUAAUUGUGGUGUCCAGUCUGUCAUUAUGUGCUUUCAAAUGCAUCAUCAAAUAAAUAAUUAAAUUUAAUGUACAUUAACAGGCAUUAUUUGGGUACACGGUGGCCCUAAAAAGCAUUUGGACACUUGAGGCACACUUAAAAUGUAUUAAAGGAACAUUCCGGGUUCAAUACAAGUUCAGCUCAAUCGACAGCAUUUGUGGCAUAAUGUUGAUUACCACAAAAAUUUAUUUUGACUUGCCCCUCCUUUAAAAAAAAAAAAAAAAAAAAAAAAUCAAGGUUACAGUAAGGCACUUACAAUGGAAGUGAAUGCGGGCCAAUUUUUGGAGGGUUUAAAUGCAGAAAUAUGAAGCUUAUAAUCUUAUAAAAGCACUUAAAUUCAUUCUUCUGUUAAAACUCAUGUAUUAUUUGAGCUGUAAAGUUGUUUAAAUCGAAGUUUUUGCAGUUUUGGGGUUUACGGCGUUGUGUCGUCAUGGCAACAAAAUUAUAAUAUUGGAUAUAACUGUACAGAGAAAAGGUUAGUAAGCACUUUCUUCACGUUAAAGUCUUAUUAACACAUCUAUUUACGUCUUGUGGCUAUACAUUUGAAAAAGUGAGUAUUUUACCGUUUACGGAUUGACCCAAUUCACUUCCAUUGUAAGUGCCUCAUAACCCAGAUUUUUUAGUUUUUUUAAAGA